GGAAUAAUUAUUGCCAUAUUGGCAUUUUUACAACAAAGAAGAAGUUUUAAGGAAGAAGUUUGGGGAGGUCGACCUGGAAUUGUUGUGUGAGUAUUAAGGCCAUUGCUGUGUGAGUAUUAAGGCCAUCUUGCAACUUGCAAUGCAGUUCUACUCUUGAGAGAUGUUAAUUAGUGAAAUCAGUGAAGAAUUUUCGAUAUGUUGAGAAAACAUCAGCGGAGUGUAAUGAAGACUCGUAUUUGGCAAUUUUACAUCUCUCAAGAGUAGAAUUGCAUUGCAAGUUGCAAGAAAAAAUGCACUGUGUAACAUGGCCUUAAGACAGUAUAAAUUAUUAUAAACAUUCCUGACAGAUAUGUCAGCUAAUUGAGUGUCAAUCUAAUUACAUACUCUUUUAGACAAUCAAUCCAUUAAUAUGAGCAAUAAUGCUCUAAUUGAAGAGUAAAAUCAUCUAGCAUAAUGGCAGUAAAAUAAUAAAGACUGGGGGCAUUUGUGGUGACGACGAGCCGAAUGUUAUUAUCCCAUUGAGCGUCGGCGCUCUCCCUUGAUGAGUAAAAUCGUCUGGCAUUAGACAGAGUAAAAUAAUAAAUUACUAGCUUAUUUACAAGCUAUAGUAGCUAUAGGGUGGCAUUAAUUGGGGGGCAAUUAAUGCAACCAAUGGGUUAUUAAAACCACCAACUGAAUUGUUCUCUGAAAAAGAAACGAAAAAAGAAAGUCUCUUAGUCUUAAAUAGCAUUUCCUGCAUUUUGAGGGAAUUAGAUUUAAACUGUUAUAGAAUACUAAAGAUUAUAUAUUCUAAACACACGCCUUAAUCGACCUAUUACCUAAUUAACAAAACUUUGAUCUAUACAUGUCUAGACCAAAAAUUUAUCACAGCUUGAAAGAGCAUCACAAAAUUAGUAAUAUUCCGAAGUUUCGUUGCGAAAUGUUGUAAAAUGAGGAUACAGUACAACAGCCCUGCGAAGUUUGCCGUUUUUCAGUCAUUUUGUGUAGACCCUUUGCACUGACGUCACAAAUCCUUAGAGUGUCCUCCAGAUGCUCCCUAACAAUAUCUGUUCGGGUACAACAACCACAUACAGCAAAAAAAUUAACCAUUUUAAUACAAAAUUAUUAUAAACUUUUACAAAAUUUGCUUUGUUUACAAAAGUUGUAUUAUGCGUAGAUUGCUAAUUUGUCGUCCAGAUGCAUCGUUACUGGCGCUGUGACGUCAUGUGCAAUGGGUCUAUACAGCUAUUUCAAUUAAGAUAUUUUCUGUGUUGGUGCAAUGUACUCAUGUGAAUAAGAUGCUUGUGAUGUUACUCUGAGUGUAUAUCCACACCGGGCAAGCUUGAAAAAUAUGCCUGACCACGGUGGGAAUCAAACCUACGACCUUUGGAAACAAGCCCAGUAUUCCAAAGGCUAUAUAUCCAAAGGUCGUAGGUUCGAUUCCCACCGUGGUCAAGCAUAUUUUUCAAGCUUGCCCGGUGUGGAUAUACACUCAGAGUAACAUCACAAGCAUCUUAUUCACCUGAGUACAUUGCACCAACACAGAAAAUAUCAUUAUUACUAGGUUACAUUGAUAUCGAAGGAACUAGAUUUUGUUCCGAAAUAUCACAUACUCGAACCGACCAGACCGCGUAGCUCAAUUGGUAGAGCAUUGGGCUAGUAUUCCAAAGGUCGUAGGUUCGAUUCCCACCGUGGUCAGGCAUAUUUUUCAAGCUUGCCCGGUGUGAAUAUACACUCAAAGUAACAUCACAAGCAUAUUUCAAUUAAGGUUGUCCACGAGCAAAGCGGAAAAGUCGAAUACGAGCGCGAAAGGCUGCUGGGAAUCGCUAACAAAUUAAUGAAUUUUCAAAGCGAUUCCCAGCAGCCUUUCGCGCUCGUAUUCGACUUUUCCGCUUUGCUCGUGGACAACCUUAAUUGAAAUAGCUGUAUACGCACGAAAUUGAUACCGCUUUCUGGAAAAAGGUAUUUAAUUAUUCAGCCCCGGCAGGCCGGACGCUGGGUUGAUAAUAUCAUUCUGCCAAAAAAUUUCUUCAUCGAUCGGGUUUAUUGGACAUUUCUGUAUUCAACCUGUAUCAAGCUAAAUAAUUACUGUCGUUCCAAUUGAAGUGUUCCUCAAAUAUUGAUUCAAUACAUUACCUCAGGCUGACCAAUUCAUUUCAUCAAGUUCCUCGAGAUAUUCAUACACUUCCUAGUAUAAUUGUAAACUUCCUGUUGAAUAGUUUGAAUGCACCAAUCACCUUUGUUGUUUGUGCAACUAACCAAUCAUAAAUAGAAAGGAAGUGUCCAGAAAUGAUCAGAUACUUGGAAUUGGCUCUUUCACAGGAAGUGUAUGAAUAUCUCGAGGAACUUGAUGAAACGAAUUGGUCAACCUGAGGUAAUGUAUUGAAUCAAUAUUCGGGGAACACUUCAGUUGGAACGACAGUAAUAGUGUGGAAUUUCAGCAAUACUUGAUUGAUUGAUUGAUUGAUUGAUUGAUUAUAGGAUUUUUGCACACCGUAUUACUAUUAUUUCUUAACAAAUGUACACAAACUCUGGGCUUCUCCCGAGGCAGUAAUCAGUGGUCGUGGAAACCGUAAAUAUGUCUGUCUUCUGGAUUGUCUAUUGUCUGACAGUCAGGUAGACAUGCAGUAUAAGUUGCAUCAGUCGUAAUUGGCUGGCUGUGGCCACCGGCCCACCAGACGAUUGUACUCGUCAAGGUAAGAGUGCUGCCGCUCAAUGUGUAAAUAACUCAUUAAAUUGCAUUGCGCUCCGGUGCGCAAACCAGAGCGCCAUACUAUAUCAUCUUAUUCUUGUCUAACGCCAGACAAUCUUUCUCCGUCUAUAAAUGCCAAACAAUUUUUCUCAUCAAGGCGCCGGGGAAGUCGUGCUGCUAUUCAAUGGGUUAAUUAAAUUACAUCCUGUGCAUGUAGGCCUAUAGACUUCCUUGGCAUGGAUCAUGACCGCCUGGCCAUCAUGUGCGUGUUUGGAGCUGCUACUGCAUCAAUCCUGCUUCUGGUCUUUAAAAGCAUUUCAGGAUAUAGCAAUGCUUGGGGAAAAGGUAAGAAUGAGUUUUCGUUUAUUAUCCAAUAUUCCCAAGAAAAAUUACACCCAUGUUUAUGUCAUUUAUGAGAGAUUGUUGCAGUUUAGUUAAACUUACUUUUCACUCAAGUGUUCCGAAUUUAUUUCCGAAGUGCGCUAAUUUGUUGGGAAGUUCAAAAGUUCAUAAUGAAGCAUGAUCGGAUUGAUGAGGUGUGGUAUAGGACGUCUGCUGUAUGUGUUUGCCCAUUGGCUAACAGAUGUGUUACAGUUAAAGUCUGGCUUCCAUAUGGUCGUAAUAGCCGUAAAAAUCUCAUCACGAUCUUUCUCAACUGCAGCCAGUUUAUAAUAGUUUUUAUAAUAUAGCAUUUGUAAAUUCUGAACGCUGAUUGGCUAAGAGCCGUGUUGAUAUAACUCAUUGUCAACACAGAAACGUUGGAAAAUUCCUUUCUUUAUAUUUCUUUGUGCUAUAUUAUAAAACAAAUAUAAAACUUUUUUCCGUAUUAAUAUACAGUUAUAUCAACACUCGUGGAAAUUGGGAAAACUCGAAAUUGUGUGAAAACCAUUGAACUAUAAAUAAACUGGAAGGCUAACUGCUAUGAUGAAGGCCUAUGAUUUGAUGAAGCCAAAAUAGUUUUUCUGAGUUAUGAGCAGAUUUACUUGACCCCAAACGUUGGGCUAUAUAUCAAAUUGAAGCUAUUGAAAAGUGCUAUUCGGUGUGGAAAUUUCAAGACUUCAGCGGAAAAGAAAACUAUUUAAAAGAUACAAAAAAAACUGCAAAAUGGCAAAUUAUCGGUAAUUUUGUUUGUAGUUUUUCAAUAUUUCCCUUUUAGCUAAAGUCUUGAAAUUUCCUCACCAAAUAGCGUUUUUUAAUAGCUUCAAUUUGAUAUAUAGUUCAGUGUUGAGUAUUUCUGCUCAUAACUCAGAAAAACUAAAAUGCACUGGCCUCAAUUACCCUCCCCCCUGAGUUAGCCUUCCAGUUUAUUUGUAGUUCAAUGGUGAAAACCUGGUGAAAACACUCCGCCCUUCGGGCGUCGUGUUUCCACACAAAUUUCUCGUUUUCUCAAUUUCCACUCGUGUUGAUAUAACUGUAUAUAACAUUCUGGGGUUAUAUAGUGUCUGUGAAGGGUGUAAUAUAUUCAUGAUAUGCUACAGUCGUGCCAAUAGAAGCGUUUCGAAAAAUGUUGACCAAUUCAUUUCCUAACUUGAAGGAACACCUCUGAACAAUUCCUCAACAAUUUGAUAAGUUUCUUAAAAAGUUCCUAACUUCCUGUUUUAUUGACCAAUCAAAUUUUAUAUUUAUUUUUGAGCAAUCUGAUUGGUCAAUGAAACAGGAAGUUAGGAACUUUUUAAGGAACUUAUCAAAUUGUUGAGGAAUUGUUCAGAGGUGUUCCUUCAAGUUAGGAAAUGAAUUGGUCAACAUUUUUCGGAACGCUUCUAUUGGCACGAUUGUAAUAUUCUGUUGUAUAAAAUGUUAGUCGGUAUAUAAUCAAGUGAAUCUAUAAUAUAUUUGCAUGAACUCAACCAAGAACGUUGUUGUAUUUGUAUUGAUCGAUUCAAGAAAUGUAUAGCCCAAGGAACAUAUAACGGAGGGUCUUAUUGAAAAUUAUGACUCAUAUUUUACAUAACUGUACAGUGACUUUGGAGUUUCUGCCAACUGAACCGCAUUUAGUAUGUCCAUUGACGUAUCUUAUGGUUAGGCGUUGUUUUCUAAACUAAACGUAUUUGCUUAGUAAUGCGUGGCUAGUAUUUUUGCGUACUCUUGCAUGCCUUAAACUAGAUGUUCAAUCUACAGGAAAAUUAUUACAUAGUGUAGUAUAUCUGCCAGUUCAAGUUAUUUUUGGAACCUGUCCUCGAAAUUACUGUACUUUAACUAAAACAUUCUAAUUAUCAUCUAGCAAUUCUCAUUGGAACCUGUCUCCGAAAUUACUAUUUAAAAAUUCUAUUAACCCAUUGAGUGCUGAGCACUUUCCCCUUGACAAGUGAAACCGUCUGGCGUUAGACUGAGUAAAAUAAUCUGGCGUUAGACAGAGUAAAAUAAUAAAGUAGGGUGCGCUAGGGCGCAAUGCAACUCAAUGGAUUGAUCUUUCUUUUAGCAUUUCUUCUCAUUGGAACCUGUCUUGAAAUUGCUUUCCUCUAUUAUCCCUACUUUGGAUGUUUGACGUCACAUCACAGAAUAAUUGGCGCUUUGAUGGGACUUCCAUAUGCAACAGUCUAGUAAGUAGGAAUGAACUCGUACUGUAAUAAAAAUUCUCCUUAAGGGGCGGACAUUAGAAAACUGAAUAGGUGGGAAAAGGGGGGGGGGAAUGAAGGCGAGUUGCCAGGUAUCCUGGGCAUUCCGCUUUCCCAAGAAAAAUUACACCCAUAUAUGUUUAUGAGAGACUGUUGCAGUCUAGUUAAACUUACUUUUCACUCAAGUGUUCCGAACUUAUUUCCGAAGUGCGCUAAUUUGUUGGGAAGUUCAAAAGUUCAUAAUGAAGCAUGAUUGGACUGAUGAAGUGAGAUAUAGGACGUCUGCUGUAUGUGUUUGUAGAAUGCAAACACACAUAGUAUAGUCCCAGCUUACUAAUUACACUGGAAUUUUUUCAAAAUUCUUGCUAUGGAAAUAGUAUGGAUCUUCAGUGGAAAUAGUAUGGAAAUCCAUACUAUUUCAAUGUAGUAUGGAAAUAAUAUGGAUACACGUUGGGUUUAGUGAUGCAAUUGCAAAUUUCAUAUACAGGGUAGUAUGGAUUUCACUAUUUUUUCCAGUGUUAGACUUAGUCUAAUACGUUUUAGAUGUGCUUUGUUCACUUCAAAAACUUAGGGUCUGUUUAUAUGGGGAAAAGUUAUCCCGGUUAGCGACAAAACAUUUAGACAAGUUUACAAGUGAGACCUCGCCUUGUUAUGAAAAUAAUAUGAAAAUUUACACUAUGUUCACAUGAGACGGAAAUGUUUUCCCGUAUAUACCGAGAUCUCGCUUGUUGACAGGCGAGAUCUCUGUGACCGCGAUGUUUUUCCCAUGUGAACCCAAAAUCGACACAACGUUCCCACUUAGCGGGAAAACUUUCUGUCGUGUCAGCAACGUUUCUGUUUUUAAAAUGUAUUUUAAAGUUUUUUGUCACAACCGGAAACUUUACCCGGUAAGCGGGAUAACGUUUCUUCGUAUGAACAGAACAAAAUUAUUUGGCUAGUCGAAACGUUUUCUCGCUAAACGGGAUAACUUUUCCCCAUAUGAACAGGCUCGAGUUUCAAGUUUUAACCAACUCAAGUAUGGGGGCAGGGGGCGAAACUUGGGGGGGGGGGAUGGGUGUGUGUGGCAAAAAAACAAAAAAAAAACACCAAACGAAUCAUCCCGAUUGGCAGGGCAAUCAAAGAUUUUAAAUGAUAGAAUGUAGAGUUAUUAAGUAACUUAUUACAGCUAGGAAACAAUAAGUUUGUAUGCAUGUACAUUGGCAUCGGCAGUUCAAUUAUACACGUAGCUUAGUGAUGAAUAGUAUUAGCGCUGGCGCUGCAGAGCAUCAUUGGUUUUGGCAGGUCGAUUCUGCCAGACAACCCCCUAAUUAAAAGCGGCUAGUUUCGCUCCUGUAUGGGGGCAAUCAUUGAGUACCAGUAAAGUGCAGCUUCCACCAACCAAACGAUUGCCAUAUAGUGAAUGAUUAUAAUGCUUAUUAUUAAAGUCGUUUUAUUUUCUUAUUGUAGCUUUCUUCUGUACAUGACUACAAGUUUUCAAAAGUGUAAUGUAAGUUUAUUUGAACAUAAAAUCUAUAUUACAUGAAUGAUGAAGUUACUUUUUUUCAGCUUUAGAAUAAAGCUGGAUUUCAAGUGGUGCUGUUAAAAGUAUCUUCUACUAACGAAACAGACGAGCGAAAAGCACUCUGCUUCCAGUCCGAACUUCUGAAUGCGGAAAUAACGGUCUGCCUGCUGACGAGGCUAGCGUGUUGUUUUUAAAUAAAGUUUUACCUACCUAUAAACGUGAACCUUGCUGGAGAUUUUAAGCCAGUAGAUAUCUACAGUAUGAACUGACAAAGUUUCAGAAAUUAAAGAUCAUGAGCAAAAACCUGGGCAGAUCAACCUCGUGCCCAGGUUCCAAGUGUCUCACGCGACUUCGUGGGAUGCCUGAGGACGAGGCUGGGCGUAACCGUUGCAAUGCUGUCGCCAUGGUCCUAGCCAGUGCGCUUAUGAGAGGAAUUCAUCCCCUGAAAAUAUUCAAAAUGGCGGACGUUCAGGGGCGUGAAUGCCUCUCACAAGCGCACUCACUAGGAACACUAUUUUGCGAUAUAAUCGCCUUGACUGCCUGUUUUUUUUCCCGUUAUUAGGGCUUAACGACAAGUGGAUAUGUUUUAUUCAUAUUCAUUGAGAUGCCACCGAUAUUAUGCCAUCUGUUUAUUAUGGGGAAGUUUAUACUUGUACUUUAUAAUGAAAUCAAGGAACAUGGAACAUUCAAAGUGCAAUUCUUUUUUCAUAAUGCCGUAAGUUAUGUUACUGCCGUAAGUUAUGUAAGUUACACAAAAAUGGCCAUAUCGUUCAAUAUUCAUUGCAUAGCAUCAAUAAUUCUUGUGCGCUUUUUGUUUUUCUUUGUUUUGGCGUAUUUAAAAUAUAUUAGUGGCUUUAUCUUUGCUCUGGUCUCGUAAUACCUCUUUUCUAUCUUUAAUUACACCGCCACGUUAAAUCCAGUAAUUUGAAUUAUUCAUGAAAAGUUUCAAGAUACGAGCCUUUAAAUAUUUAACAAUUAUUGAAUGAGGUUGAGCACGAUAUGAAGAAUUAUCAAGCCCGAAGUUUGCCGUUAUCAACCGAAGGCUGAGGUUGAUAACGGCUAACACAGUUGAUAACGGCUAACUGAGGUUGAUAACGGCUAACUGAGGUUGAUAACGGCAAUUGUGCGAAAACCGAAUUCAAUAAUUGUUUUAUUAUUUAUUUAAAAAAUUAAAAACAAACGGAAGAAGCCAUUUGUAUUUUAUUUGUAUUAUUAAAGAAAAAAACAAUUCCUUAGUCCUUCGGCAGCCGUCGUUAUCGUCAUAUCAAUGGCGUCAGCAAGUCAAUAUGAUUCUCGUCGUCAUAGUAAUAUGGCGCAAACGCGUCCAAAGUUUUUUCAUAUUGACUCUUUGACGUCAUUUUUGUUAAUAUGAAUGUGAAAAAUCCAUAUUUGGUUAGCCAUUGAGUUGAUAUGACAAUUUCACAGUUGGCUGUUAGCCAAUCAGAAACUAGGAAUUUUUUAAAUAAAUAAUAAUUAACAAUUAUUCGCCGAAGGCGAGGUGAUUAUCGUGGAAUAUUUGCCGAGACGAAGUCGAGGUGAAUAUUCCCCGAUAAUCACCGAGCCUGAGGCGAAUAAUUGUUUUUGUAUUUUUGCACAAGUUUAUUUGUAUUUUUCUGGUCUGAAUUCAUUUUAAUUUCGCUUAUUUCUUUAUCACUAACUUCAACAAAACGGCUAGCCGCCAUUUUGAAAAUUUCGAUUUUGUUAUAUUCACCUGUAGGUGAAUAUAACAGAUUAAUACGUCAAAUUUGACCAAUCACCUUGUAUGAUUUGUUAUGUUCACUUGUGCAAAAAUACUAAUAACAAUUGUUGAGGUUGAUCGUGAUAUGAAGAAUUAUCAAGCCGAAAGUUUGUGUUAUCAACAUAGGCGUCGAAAGAUCGAUAAGUGUGGGGGGGGGGGCAUAUUCAUAUAUUCGUGUUCACAGACCUUAAAAACAAUCGAUUUCAAAAGAAAUUAACAAUGCAGAACACAAAUAUAUGAAUAUGGUCCCCCCCCACUUAUCGAUCUUUCGACGCCUAUGGUUAUCAACCGAAGCCUGAGUCAUCUUUUAAAUAAAAAAUAAUAUCACUUGAAAGGUAACCGUGUGCCUUUAAUGACUCUAUUUAGGAUGAUCAGUCAGAAGUGCAAGAGAAGUUGGCCAGACCAUGGUUGAAAGAUUACGUUAAGGACCUUAUGAAGUCAAGGUAAGAACGUGGAUGAUAGAAACCAUGUCAAAUGAAUACAACUGAAACGCUACCUCCAACCGGAAAUUUGAAGCCAAACUGAAGGCCAGUCCCAGUCUUUCACGCACGCGAAGAGCACGGUCAAUCCGUCAAGAUAAUGAAAACUAGCUUAAAAUUUAUAAAAAGCUUUUUACAGCGCCCAAAGCUUUCUUAAUAUGCAUUUAUUUAGGUAAAACUUUCUAUUAGACUUCACUUUUAGUUUUUUCUUAUUUUUUUCUAAUAAUUGUUUACGCGAGAAUAUGUGGCUCAGAUUUGGCUUCAUGAUAAAAAUACAUGUACAAUUAGGCAGUUUAUCUGAAGGUUGCUUUCCAGUUAUAUUCAUUUCACUGAUAGAAAUUAGCCAUUUCCCAAAGUCCCGAGUCUAGUCGCACGAAUCCCAUGUUGGAGGGACAAGAAAUAUGGCAGCACACAUUUAAAUUAAAUGUUUAAUGUAAAAAGUAGAUAUUUCAUUUUUGGUCGUAUCAAAAAGUUGAUAUUUGAUAGCAGAUACUUCUACUCUUUUACAUAUUUGACGUCUGUCACGAUAUAUUUUGUCCCUCCAAACGAUCCCAGAAUGCACUGUGAUCCCUUUUGGGAAAAGGCUAAUUCAGUGAAGAUCCCAUGUGGAACACUGAUCUAAAAGCCUAGGACUCACUAGGGACUGGAUAGAGCAUAAUUUUGAUUCAAUGAAGCGAAUAUUGAAGCCAGUAUUUCCACAGCAUGACGUCAUAACGUUGACGUCACUCCUUUGAAUACACAUACAACGCUAUGACUUCACUCGACGGUGAAUAUAAUGUUAAAACUCCAUAUUUGGUCAGCUAUUAAGUUCAUAUGAUGAUUUCACUCUUGGCCAAUCAGAAACCAUGAGUCUUUUAAACAAAUAAUAAUGAUAAUUAUUCACUCGCAAAUUGUAAUUCAGAAGAAAGAGAUCAGAUCACUGGUGACUAAUUUAUAUCAAGACAAUACGUGUAUUUUCUCAACAAUAGGUAGAAGCUGUUCUACCUCGGUACCAGUAGAUUUGUGCGUGGUCACUCCAAUAUGGCCAAAAUUAUUGUGGUGUUGUUCGUUGUGCGUGUAUUGUAUGCUCGCUUAACCGAUAGCAAGUUAUUCAUGCACGAAUUCAACAAUUAGUCUUUCUCACGCCAUGCGUCCAGGCCUUCUUUGCCAUAUUUUAGUGGCAUUGGCAAGCUGUGCAACAACAAAGGAUGACUUGAUUUGGGAAAAAGACAAUAAACAUGACUUCACUGUAGUCAGUACACCGUUUACCGCCAGACGAUCUCUUUUGCCAAUGGGACAGUCCUUGAACAGAAGAGACUUUAAAACUGGGCCACUGCUAAUCAGAUAUUUACCCCAUUUAUAGACCUUCCCGCGAAUAUUCAAGAAUAGAGUUCUAUUUGAGAAAAAUUUACAAUCCCGAGAAAAGUAAGUGCUUCAGAUCCAUGGAUUUCCGAUUUCCUAUUUAAAUUCAAAAUUAAUGCCUCAGCUAAACUAACGCCCGUAUUCUAAAAGCUCACUCGCACUCAAUGAGUAGUGGUUCAAUCUGAGCUUCUCUUGAGUGUCAAUGCUGUUUUUGAAUAGCUGGAGGGUGAGUUGUCACAUAGUAAGGUACGACACUAACCAUCCAGCUGUUCAAAAACAGCAUUGACACUCAAGAGAAGCUCAGAUUGAACCUCCACACAGUGAGUGUGAGUGAGCUUUUAGAAUACGGGCGUUAUAGGUCUUCAGUUUAUAAAUUAUACUGGAUAUCUCCAUCAGAUCUAAACUAGGUUUCUCUCGCAGGUUCAAUUCCUGCCAGAGGGCCUAUAGUUGCAUUUUUCGCAACUGCUCCUGGAAGUCCUGGUUAGGUCUAAUAAAUCUAUAAACUUUACACUCGAAAUUUUCAUCAAAUUAUUUUCAUUUUAAAAGGAUGACUACCAAGUUCCAAAUAUUUCUGUUUUUUGAAGAUUUUAAGUUCUCAACACAAACUCUCUCCGUGGUCAUGAUCUGCUCUAUUCUACUUUACGCGGUGAGUCAUACAACUUUUAAAUCGGUGUGUUAUACAUACCAUAAUUAUGUUUUCUGAAUAUAAUCAAACUUGUGUGCGUGUAAUAGCUGUUAUUGUGCUUAUUAUUAGCAUGACAAAAUUACUGGAUGCUGAUUGGUUGAGAGGAGUACAAUUCAUUAAUUGUGCUGCAGUACAAUUAAUGAUUUUCCCAAAACAAGCAAAAUGGCGGAAAAUAUUUUAAGGCACAAAUGUGAAAUGAAAUUGCCGUGGAAGAACUAGAUGAAAAUACGAACAAAAGGACCAAAUUUUGCUUGAACAAAAGAACUAAAUGAAAAUACAAACUAAAGCACCACAUUUUGGUUGAAAGUCUGGCAGGACUGGGUUUUGGCGAGAGAUACGAUGUUGACAUUGACUGAUUGAGAAGUACGUAUCCAAUUUUGUCAUGCUAAUAUAAACAAGUACAGUAAUCAUGCGAUGCUGCUCACACAAUUGGGGAUUAAUGGUACUCAUGAUGUUUGUGUGAUGUUACUCUGAGUGUGUAUCCACACCGGGCAGGCUUGAAAAAUAUGCCUGGCCACGGCAGGAUUCGAACCUACGAAUCCCGCCGUGGCCAGGCAUAUUUUUCAAGCCUGCCCGGUGUGGAUACACACUCAGAGUAACAUCACACAAACAUCUUAUUCACCUGAGUACAUUACACCAACACGGUACUCAUGAUGUUUGGAAAUUUGCCAAAUUGGACUCGCCCAGGCGGCUCGUCCAAUUUUGGCAAAAUGUCCAAACAUCACUCGUACUAUCAAUCCCUAAUUGUACUCGCCAUCGCAUGGGUUACCUAUACAAAUAGGGUUAAUCGUAGGCCUCGCCCACACGUACUGUAAACAUAUGGUUGCGAAUACGCCUUUCGUCCACACGUAUCCGACAAAAACGCAAACUUCUGAAAACGGUCUCCAGAGUGAAAACGCAACGAAUCUGGAUACGCCUGCACGAAUUGUAACCGGAACGUUUUGAAAACGAUGACGUAAAUAUUUAAUAAAAUUUGAGAUCCACCCACACUAGUAAUAACACAUAACUAUAUAGACCCAUUGCACAUGACGUCACAGCGCUGGUGACGAUGCAUCUGGAGGACCAAUUAGCAAUCUAUGCAUAAUAUGAUUUUUGUAAACAAAGCAAAUUUUGAAUAACUUUAUAAUAAUUUUGUAUGAAAAUGGUUAAUUUUUGCGCUGUAUGUGGUUGUUGUACCCGAACAGAUAUUGUUAGGGAGCAUCUAGAGGACAUUCUAGGAAUUUGUGACGUCAGUGCAAUGGGUCUAUAGAAUCCAGUCGCGAAGACUGCGCGAACUACACGCGUGGUUUGAUUGAGAUCACUCUAUUGGCCGCCAUGUUGGCUUCACUCAAUCAUAAGUCGGAUUUGAAUUGUUACUUUAUUGGCUGUACCUGGCAAAAGGAUCUAACUAAAAUUCUUUUGUUCAGCAAAACGCUCCAUAAGGACAAUGUUAGGCAUAUUUUAACCUCGUCCCCAGGGCAUUUUACCUCUACGGCUGAAGAUCGGCGAAAAUAGCCCUGGGAUCGGCUGGUCACAUGACACCCAGAAUUUGUGGGUGUUUUGAUACGAUAAUUUAUGUGAAAUUAAAUCUUUUUGUUUGUUUACGAAUAAUAAAUGUGAAGUAAUGAACUAUUUGCCAACUUAUUCAUCUAAAGACGUUAUUUUAAAAGCAAUAUGCUUGCAUAAUUCUUCCUAUAUCGAUGAGUCUGACAAACACAUAGCACGGCAGGUAUAGGACGUAAGUGAAUCUUGAAUUCUUACGUUUUCCGUAUAAUUUGACAACAAAUCAAAGGAGACGAGCCAGGGUGCGAUAAUUCGCGUACUUACGUACCGGAGGCACGCUAAUAUUACAAUAUUGUACUUCUUAGUUUUUAACCAAGUACCACGUAGGUACCAGGUACUCUUGCUAUCUGCGUACUUAUUUUUGCUGGUACACAUGACCUUUCUACGCCCAAAGUAUUCAACGCCGUAAUUUAGUUGGUGUAUCAUGUGUCUGAGAUGUCUUGACAUGAAACAUGAUUGGACUCAUGGCACUAAGAUACGUUGGAGUCGAUUGUUUGUAUUUUGCAAAAUUUGUGCUUCUUUUUCUACCUCGUAGUCUGAACACACUUUUCAGAAACCUGUAUUUUAUGAACCUUAUUUGACAGACUAAGUACACGUUGAGUGCUGAGUUUGUUCUAGCUCAAGUACGCGGCAACAACCAUUGGCGUACCAGUUCGGGUACGACUAAAAAUCUUGAAUUAUCGCUCCUUGAACGACUCACGGAUCAUAUCUAAUAUUGUGUAAUAUUAGUAGAGGGAAUAAUGUGAUUUCAGUAAAGUUGGAAAAAGAGAGAGAACAUGUCGACGUUUCUUUAUAUAUUCCAGGUAGUUUAUCUGACGUUAAGUCUCAAUUCUGGUCUCAAAUGUUAUCAGAACCCCAAUUUCCAAGCAACGUUUGCACGAUACACAUGAAUGGAUAUACCAAAAUCUGAUUACGAAAAUAUAGUGAAUAGCAACAUAGUAAAAUAGAUAAUAUACUAAAUGUAAAAUAGUGAAUAUAAAAUUGUCAAUUUAAAAAUAGUCAAUAUUAAAACCCAGCAGAAAUAACUAUAUAACCAGACACAUUACUAAAAUGCGAUGCCCAACAAAUAAAACUUCCGGCGUUUCCGCCUAACUGCCUACAAGUAAAGUUAUAUUAUAUAACGAGGAAACCAACGAUAUGCCUACCAAAGUUAGCAAGGAUCAAACGUACUGCAUUUUUAGCUAUUAGUUGAAUAAUUUUGAACCAAUUUGUGAACAAUACAAUUUUGUUUGACUCUCAAAGGCCAUAAAUCGCUAGAAUAAUGUUGUUUAGUAAUACAUUUGACAUCCGUAGGUACAAUUGUUUUCGCUGAAUCGAACAGUGGUAUUUUUGUCCUUAGUGGACAGAGAUAACGCGCAGCAAAAAGUUGUCACCGCAAUAUCAAAUCCAGACCACACAUGGAAAUUCAUCCAAAAGCAUGAUGUUUUGCAAGCGUUGUGAAAACAACCAAUCACGAGGCAUUCUAAACCAGUCUGACCGGUCCAGGCGCGCAAAGCAGGCUGGAGGAGCACAAAAGAAAUAGUUGAUUCUGUGGUUGAUAGCAAAGACUCGCAAAUACUUCCACGGAGUAUCCAUGAGUCAAAAAUGUUAAAGCACUAGGGUUGUUUGAAUAAAUUAUACUGAAAAGGAAUCAUUGCGUUUUUGAACAGACCAAUGUGAUAGUAGAAUUGAUCAGCUGAUCUCAGGGCCACUUUUUCCGACCUUCAGCCGUGGAAGCAAAAUGGCCUGGGGACGGGUUUGGCAUAAUUUGUUUCCAGAACUAUUGCUAAAUGCUAAUACAAUAUCAAGUACAUCGUCUUGUGUUUACACUGAGACAGAUCAUACGUCAGACCAAUCGUUGCAGUCUAAACAAGUGAUCCUGCUCCAGUAUAAAUCGGAUCAAUGUUCCCUUGUAUAGAUCUCACUAUUUGGUUUGUAUUUUGCAAGUUUGUACCUGAACAUAGUUAAUAAAGCUGCCGACUCUCUUCUAGCCAAGGUUCGACGUGGGGUUGCUGGUUAGUUCUCUCAGAAAUAUCUAUUUUAUGUUUUCCUGUAUUAUAUUUAAGGAUAUCGGCAGUAAAAGUUCUGUUUAUCUGGUAGAAAAUAACUUGUAAAACCCUUAGUGUUGUUUAUCUUGUGACCUUUCGAUCUCCCCCCCUUCCCAAAAACAAAAUAUGUCCCCCUCUUCGGAGAUUUCUUCCACAUCCCUACGGUGGAAGGGUGGUGUUUAUCCCCCCAUCCUCAACAUUCCUUGUGUGUUCACUCCGGUUUACUGUGGAUUUUCAGUAGAGCGUUAUCAUAAAUCCACGGCGCGAAUCGAACACACGUUCUCAGAGUGAAAGGCGCUUGCUUUGACGAUUGUGUCACCGAAGCCCCUAGUAGCUCGAUCUUUCUAACAAGACCAACUAGAAAUUUUAUUGCCGAUGUCUUUAUACUGAAGUCGGUUGUUAUAAAUAUAUUCUUUAGAAAAUGCAACAUAUUUCUCAACCCUGCCGAGGCUUAUACAUUUUAUAACGUUUUUUUGUUUAGGUUCGUUCAUCGGUGCUUUUAUUCUUGCUGCCAUAUUCUCUGUUUUCUCUCUUAUACGUUUCAUGGAAAAUCAUAAGUAAGAGUUAUUCUCCUCGAAAUAAUCACUUAGUUCCUUGUACUCUAACCUGGGAUGAUAGUUGGGAUCACAGGAUGAUAGUUGGGGUCACAGGAUGAUAGUUGGGAUCAUGAGAUGAUAGAUACGUUCAGCUGAUGGUAGAGUUUGGAUGGUAGAGUUUGACAGAGCCCAGGCAUGGCUGUUGUCUUUUUUCGCCCAGACACGUUAUCAAGUGUUGAGCGAGUUGAGGCGCGUGACAUUGUAAUUGCCUCUUUAGGGCGCAAUUCCAGUCCUCGCACGAAGCUCCUCGCAGCUCGCUGCGAGUGCAUGCAUGAGCUCUUUCAUCCAAUCACAAUGCUUAAGAGUUAAUUUUAAUUAGAUGCAAGCACUCGCAGCGAGCUGCGAGGAGCUUCGUGCGAGGACUGGAAUUGUGCGUUUAGGUAAUUAUGAAUUCGUUAUAAUAUAUAUUAUCUCGAUAAGUGGUAACAAUAUAUAUUAUAUCCCAGGGACAAUGUGAUUAGAAGCGAACUUUCUCUAAGCCUCAUUUAAAUGUAAUAAUUUUCUUUUUAGUAACGACCAGAAGGCUUUUUUAUCACAAAUUUAAUAUAUUGUAACAACGUUUCAACGAGUUUACUCCAUCAUCAGGUUACAUUUAUACGCACUAAAAAACCCGUUGGGAAAAAAAAGGCCUUCUGGUCGUUACUAAAAAAAAAUUCCAGGGACAGUUAAUGACUCUAAGGCGUAAUUGUUCGUAGUAAGUACACGAUUUAAUCACCGCGGCACAUCAAACAAAACUGCAUUAUGAACUAUGUACUAGUUAAAUUCCCGCACCCCUGUGUUUUCCUUGACAAGUUCUUUAGCAGAUUUUUCUUGACAAGUUUCCUUUACUAGUAUUCCUUUACAAGUUUUCUUGACGAGUUUUCCUUGAUAAAUUUACUUGACAAGUUUUCCUAGUGUGUCGUAUAACUUCAUAUAUAACUUCAUGAAGUAUUCGUCGAAAAUUAGCUUAUAUACUGUGCAUCGUUUAAGAAACUGGACUUUUUACAAAGCCUAGUUUACAUGAGCAAGUCAUAUUUUGCAAGUUUCACUUUGAAAAAUUUUAUUUGCUGGUGUAAAUUAGAAAAUAUCGCAAAGUUUUUAUUGACAAGCGCACUUGUUGAAAAACUUGCAUGCCAGCUCUUCAACAAGUUCCUUUGUUCAAACUAAAGCUGUCAUGUCGCUAAAAUUGCCCGUGUAAAUGACAUGCCAAGAAAAAUGUGACAAGUAAAGAAUUGUUCAGUGUUUACAAUGGCAAAUACAACUUACCAAAGGAAACUUGUCAGUUGUCAAACGAAAAUCAUUUACUAUGUUUAAUGUCUUUAAUCUCUCACAAACCUCUUUCGUUAUAAAAAUGAGAUAACAGAUUAUAAUCUUCGAAAUAUUUCAUCUGGUCUUUGUCUACCACAACCACGCACCAAUAGCAUGAAAAAUACUUUCAUGUAUGAUGGUACUAAACUAUGGAACUCUAUCCCAAAUGAAAUCAGGGAAAGUCAAUCCCUGUCAAGCUUUCAAAAGAAAAUUGCUGCUCAUAUUUUCUAAGACUACUUGUUCUACUACUUGUAAAUAAUCAUUCUACCAUUCCUACUAUCUAGCUAAUUUGUACUUGUUACUAUACCUCAUAUUUGUAAAUAACUAUAUUUAUGUAAUAUUUCGCUUAAACUACUGUAAUUUUUCUUAUGCAUGACACGCCCCCUAUGGAAAUCAGCUUCGGUUGAUUGGGUUAGCGUGGGUAAAUAAAGUUUUUCUAUCUAUCUACUAUCUAUCUUUAAUGUACACGAGCAUGUUCAAUUAGCCUUUCUCACGCCGCCAUUUUUGGGUGGCAUUUCAUCCAAAGUCUGCGAGAUAAGUCCACAUAACAGCGACUUUUUAUAAUUUUUUGAACGAAUGAUGGUAAAUUCGCUUUGUAAAUGGUUAGUUUAUUUUGAAAAAUUGCUUUUCACAUUGUGUUAAUUGUCUGCAUUGGUUAACGAGAAUUGGUUGCAACCCAAGAAUGGCGGAUAUUCGUCAUCGUGAGAAAGGCUAAAUUUGCCAAAAGAAGAUUGUUCGUAUAAACUUAGACUUUAUAAUAAACAUCAUUGAAUUUUUCUUUUAUAAUUUUAUACUCUUUUUCUAUUUUCGCCAGGAAUAACAUGCUAAGGAUGUUCAAAGGAGAUAAAUCGUUUAUUCCUAGGUUUAUGAAUGUGUCACAGUUUAUGAUUGUAAGUUUACUGAUACUUCCGUUUUAGUUUGGAAUUUUAAUUUUCAUCAUACAAAUGUAGGCACACGCCUUGGUUUAAUAUUCCCCAAGAUAUCAAGAUUGUUUGUUAGACUCUGCCUUGGCCAUUCUCUGUAGUCUAAAAACUUGUUUUUCAGUAGUCUCAAGUCAAGAUCUGUUUUUCAGUAGUCUCAAAAUUUGUUUUUCAAAUCCUACUUGUCAACAGUUGGAAAUGUUGAUUCGUGUUAGUCGACGAGUUGUUUAAUGAGUCGACAAAUAAAAAUGUCGAACAAACGCGUUAACAAACGAUUUGACAUGCAUACAGGGAUUAAUACAAGCAUUUUAGUCUACUACCUUUUUUUCGGAAGAAGAUUGCAAAUAAAUGAGUUUUAGAUGGAGAACAGUACCUCGCUUCUGCCUCCCCCCCGGUAAAGUUCUUGAUUUUGUCUCUAUAACAACAUUUCCAGCAUGCAGACAUAACCGUUUUUAAACUGGUUGAAGAAUAUAUACAACGAUCAAGUACUUCCUUUUACAGUUAAUUCACAUUUACCACCAUUUCGUCAAAGUAUAUAUAUAUAUAUAUAUAUAUAUAUAUAUAUAUAUAUAUAUAUAUAUAUAUAUAUAUAUAUAUAUAUAUAUAUAUAUAUAUAUAUAUAUAUAUAUAUAUAUAUAUAUAUAUAUAUAUAUAUAUAUAGUUACGGAAGUUUUAAUAUUCAUGCACUUGAAGAUUUUUUGCUACCGUACACCUGUUGUAGAAAAAUGUUGUAUAAAUCCCUGGUAUGACACCAGUAAAUAAAACAUGGCAGCAACUAGUUAAAUGUGACUGUCCUGAAUGUCCUGAAUAUAUCGUUCUUUUUAUUAGGGAAAGGGUUUGAGAUAUCACAGUUUUCAAAUUGGCUACUUUAUGUGGGGUAGGUUUUUUGGUUAAGUAAAAUGUGUCGCUAUUGGGUCGUCACCAACAUAUGUGAACGGGCUUUGCUUUAUGGUGGUUGGUGGCACCGAAGAGAAAUGUUUUUCACAAUGAGUAGCGAUUGGUCAAAGACCACUAUUGGCAACGUAAUGGCCAAUCAUAUGCUUUGUUCGCAAACGACUUGUUUAUAAAUUUAACAAUAGAUGUGAACUUGGUCCAACCAACUUUUCAACCACCAAAAAACCCUUACUUCAACUAUAUCGAAAUGUCACGUAACGUUUUCUGUCCCUUUAUUCACAUAAACGAAAGUAUUAGACAUUUUUAAGUCAACAUUCUUAAGCAUCACCAGCUCCUCUUUCAAUUUUUUAUCAAAGUGCAUAUAAAGCGAAAAUGUUAUUGUCUUAUUAAAAUGCAAAAGAACUCUUAAAUCUGCAUUGCAAUAACUCUUAAAUUAAGAACUUUUAAAUUUCCAAUGCUUCAUUCAGGGUCGAGAUAUUUCGACUUGCGUCAUAUUGAAAUGAGAUAAUAUGGUAUUUGGCAAGGUUUUUACACCUCUUUUUUUAACUUUCUACAGGCUACAUUUUGCUCAUGCUCCUGUUUUUUGUUAUCUUCUUUUCUAUUUUCUGCCUGUCGUUUUCCAUCGUUCGAGGUUUGGUUGCGAGCUGGUUUGAAGGAGGAGGGUAAGUGUUCAUCACUACUCAGCGAUUAUACAUAUGUAAUGUCAUAGCUACCUCGAAAUCCUUUGUUUCGCGAAGGACGAUUAAUGACUAAUUUACCUCAUUGCUAAAACAUGAGGGACGAUUAGAAACUAAUCAUCCCAUGGGACGAUUAGUUACUAAUCGUCCCUUUUUUAUGCAUAACCUCUUAUACAGCUAUACAGGGUGUCCCAAAAAAACAAAAAAACCAUUGAAAUAACGUAUUGUUAAAAUUUGAAUGCCCUAGCACUAAGCCGAACCCAAAGUGCCAAAGAUGCGUAAAAUAUUGACAAGGGUGCAUAUAUUAAAUAUUGACUUAAUAAGAAAUUAAAAUAUCUUUGUAAAGCGCACGAUUUUCUGCUUCUUAAACGGGGUUUUUACGCAUAAAAUUUACUUACGUCCAGCUUUGAUGCACGUGUGGGUUCAGCAGAGUGCUGAGGCAUUCAAAUUCUAACAAUACAUUUAUUUCAAUAGUUUUCGUUUUUUGAGGACACCCUGUAUAGGGUGUCCCUCCCAAAAACCCCCCAAACUAUUGAAAUAACGUAUUGUUAGAAUUUGAAUGCCUCAGCACUCUGCUGAACCCACAAGUGCAUAAAAGCUUGAUAUAAGUAAAUUUAUGCAUAAAGAAACAGUUUAACAAGCUGCUUUAAAUUCCCAAGACCAGAAAAUCGUGCGCUUUACGUAUACAAAGAUAUUUUAAUUUCUUAAUAAGUCAGUAUUUAUAUAAUAUAUGUACCCUUGUCAAUAUUUUACGCAUCUUUGCUUUCAGCUUAGUGCUAUGGCAUUCAAAUUCUAAGAAUACGUUGUUUCAAUAGUUUGGGGGGGGGGACACUCUGUGUUGAUGUUCAAUUAAAUAUUUAACAGACAUGAAAAAUCAACCAUAACCUCAUUAACGAACAUCCCAAUAGUCAUUAGUAUCAAAAAGGCAAACGCGCCUUUUCAUUUCAACUUAUUCAAUCAAAUAAAACCGUUUUAUUGUCUCAGUAGCUGUGAUAUUACAAAGUGAUAGCAUGGCAUUCAGGGCGAUUAGUGAUGAAAUAGCCCUCGAGCCUCGAGAGGUUUAGUAAAAGCUCCUGAAACGCGCAUUAUAGGUGUUGGGCGAAUAUGUUUUUAAAGUUUGGAUCAAAAUCUCGGGACAAAACAUUUCUGACCAUCGAUGAAUAAUUUUUGUAUAACAGGUUUUUUUCAGGUAUAUAUAUACAGGGUGUAUCAAAAAAAGCGCAACCUCGGAAUUUCCCAAGAAAUCGACAUUGUUUUAAAGACAAAAGAUUUUAGGCGCCUGGGAAUUUAAAAUAGCAUAACUGUCAAAAUUACUGCACACGCGAGUGCAUAAAGCAAAAUUUAUGCAUUUAUUUAAUGCACAACAACAGUAAUAUGAUCUAUUAGCAAUUCGAUUUCAAUUCCCACGGGCUUAAAAUCUUUUAUGCUUAAGAAUUGCAAAGUGAUUUCUUAGGAAAUUCGGAGGUUGCGUUUUUUUGAUACACCCUGUAUAGUUCAUUGUAAUUUCAUCUGGGCAAGUGGAUGAAAAACUCAAUAUUAACACACGGAAAUAUUCGUUCCGCUGCACUAAAAACGCGCAAGUUUUUGCAGAUCUGCAAACAAGUUGUAACAAGGUCGUUGUCAAGCCGAUAUUAGGAUAUGUUCCCAUUGCUUGUUCCCAGUUGUUGUGACAAGUAUGGAACAAGUUGUAUCACCUUGUCACAAGAUUUAUGAUGUUAGCAGACUUGCAACAAGAUUACUACAUGCUGUUCAUCACAAGUUGCUACGAGCUUGUUGUCAUCAACUUGUUAAUAACUUGUUAGGUGCAGACGAUAUCAGACUUGUUGGAACAACUUGUUGCGAGUCUGUUGACCUCAUCAACCUUGUUACAAGAUGAUAACAACUUGUGCCAGACAAGCGAAUACAUCUUGUUGACAAGCAGUGUGAAAUUUUUAUGCGUGCAUGCGAGACGUCACGGUAAGCAAGAUUAGGUAUGCAGGCCCCAAACCCUAAAUGGUAUUCAUCUCAAAUAAUUCUGCAUGUUAACAUUUUAUUUAGCGUUCUCUUUGCCGUGGCUUUUCUUACUCGCUUGUCUUUGCCAGUAACUGCGAUGACAAUAUUUCGUGAUCACAACUAUUCUAAAGACGUCAUAUCUAUAAAUAACAGGUAUGUGUAACGUUACAUCCGAGGGGUCACUGGGUAGAAUGUUGGAUUCGAGGAGUGUGUUAGACCCCGUUCGCAUGAGUACCGGGGCGAAUUCAAACCGGAAUGAAAGUUGAAAUUGUCAACAUGUUUGCAUGAGAACGGUAUACGAAGUCAAGCCGGAAUGAAAAUUGAAAUUGUCAACAUGUUUGCAUGAGACCGGUACGAAAAUCACAAAAUUUUCAAUUUAUUCCCCUUGCCAGGCAAUUUUCUUUUUUAGAAGGCUUUUGGUAGCAUGUGUUGUUCCAAUGUCAAGGUUACAGCCGAGACCGUUCUGAAAUGUAUUUGUGUUUACAUUCAUCCCGGUUUGAAUUCAUGCCGGUCUGAAGUCAGUCGGCUCGGUCCAGCAGGCGGAAUGACUUGAGACCGGUCUGAGUUAUUUUCGUCCCGGUCUCAUGUAAACAUCUUUAACAUAUUUGUAACUUACUUUUAUAUACUUUUUUUAGAUAAACUUUAUUCUCAUAAUUACCAUUGUUGUAAAGUAACACGCAAUCCAGUCGUACUCGGCUGCAUUGUGUUUUCUUAUUAAAUCUAUCUAUCUAUCUAUCUAUCUAUCUAUUAUAAAUAGUACAAUGACCGAAACGAACUGGUCCCGGUUUGCCUUCGUUCCGGUCUCAUGUAAACGGGGCCUUACUCCAAAAGAUCUCGUACACCUAGAAAAAUCUCUAAAAAUUUCAACAAUCCUUAACCAUCACUAAAGUCCCGAAAAGUCCCAAAUAUUCCCUAAAAAUCUCACUGAUUUUUACACACCUUGGACUUGCAGUGGUGUCAAGUAAUGAAGUAAAUGUACUUCGUUGCUGUACUUGAGUACUAUUUUUGAGAAGUCAGCAUGUAACCAAGUAAACUUUUUCUGGAGUACUUUUACUUGGAACAAAGUCGUUUCAAUAAGUAACGUUUUACUUCGUUAUUUUCAUUUUGUGGCGUAACUUUCUGACUUUUGUUUAAUUUUACGUGAUUUAUCCGGGAUUUAUUUUAAUUUUGGGUAGGUAAUAGGACCUCUACAUGCGUCUAGGAUCUCUCGUUUGUGGCUUACUUAUAAGCAUUAUUAAUAUUUAAUUAUAUUAAUAUAAUUUUCUUAUAUCUUCAACGGGGUCUGGAAUGUAUACCAUGGCGCGAAAUAUUUUGUAUUAUAGGUAUAUUAUAGGUGCGCGCAUAUAAUUGUGCUGUUUCGUGUCUUUUGUAUUGGGGAAUACCUCCGCUCCCUGCACGCUACAGACAAUAGUACAUUUACUUUUUGUUUCAAGUAUUUUUUAAGGACAGUUUGUAUUUUUUACUUAAGUACGUUUUGUACUUUUUACCCUUACUUAUAGUUGUUUUAUUGUUAGUUACUUUUACUCGAGUACAAAUUCAAAGUAAUUUAGGCACCACUGCCUCGGAGUGAUACACCCCUCAGUUCCAUUAUAGACUACCUACUGUAAAACAUCAAAUUUUUCCCAGAAACGUCUACUUGGUGUUCUCGUAUUUCUGGUUUUUCUUGGGACUUCCCAUGGGUUUCUUCUCCGCCAUGUUUCGAAUCUUGAAGACAAUGGCUGUGGGAGCUCUGAUGUUACCAAGAAUUGAUCACAGCUUAAUGCCGGAUGGUUUUCAACGGCUUGACGGAGGUAACGAACUUUUGUAAGGGAUUAGCUGGAGCAUUCCAUGGGCCGUGAGCUUGACCGCUGCACCGCCGCCCCCCACUGAAUUUUUCCACCUCCCCACCAUUUCCACCAAAAACCGGCCUUGUGAUAUACAAAAAACGGGCUAGACUAAAGCAUAGGUAUCUUAUAUACAGUAGACAGCGCAUCUCUUUUAGUAGUAAAAUUGAAGCCAAGAAUAUUCCAGCGGUUACCCCCAUUUGAAUAGAUGGCGGCCAUGUUGAAGUUUCCCACUCGCUAAUAAACGCUUAAAAAACAAUAACUUUCAUCAUUUGAAUAGUUUGAAAAUGUUGUGGAAUAGGUUUAACUUAAUGUUUAAGUUCCCUGUUUAAGAACUAGAAAACAUACUAGUCUUCUCAUUUCAUGGGAAUAUCCUGAGUCUGCAAUCAGGACUUCAAUUUUUGAAUUGCAGAAUAAUUAUAUGCACUAUCUAGUGUAUAUAAGAUAUCUAUGCACUAAAGACUAUUUCAUGUCAGUGGCCAUGACUUGGUCUAUGUCUUGGGCGUAACACACCAACUGUAAAACUAUAAUUUUACUGUUUUUAAUUAUAGGCUGCUGUCUUUUUGGCUAACGUUAUUAUUUUGUCUCUUUGAAAGGUUUCAAUGCGUACAUCUGUUAUCUUCACGUACAAACAGCUUACAGAAACCCUGUUCUUCGAGUUUUCUGUCAAAUAUUGAGCGAUGAAACACGUAAGUAUUGGCAAUUUAUACAGUAUAGCAAUGUUAAUGGCAAAUCUAUUAGAUUUUCUCACUUUACUAUUAGUAAUUAGGUAUUAUUAAGUAAACUUGUUCAAAUUAACUACGAAUUUCUUCUUUCACAAGUUGUCAAGUGUGGCUAUCGGUACUUCCAGAAAAGAGACGAAGUCGAGGGAAACAUUAAGAUUCAAGGGAAAACAAAACUAACUAUUUCCCGAGGGAACAGGCAUUAAGUGUUUUGUUAUAUAGCGACGAACAAAAAUCAACUUCAACAACAUUCAUACAACAGUUGUAUUUCGUGACGAAAACUCUAUAGUGUAAACGAGUUUAAAAUUAAAAGAACCUACUUAAACGGUUUCAGCAGCAUAUCCUGUUGCCUGUUGUGUAUUUUUCUUCUCUUUUAUAUUCUUUAUUUGAACACAAACUUGGAAAAUCGUAGUUUCUAAUUAUCUGAGUUUUGCCUCCAUUUUGUUUAUUUAUGUACGUGGCCGGUCGGGGCGGGCAACAAUUUUUCACUUGUUGCCCGGCGGGAAACAUUGCAUUUAUCUGAAGUCACGUGACCACAAAUCAGCCAAUCACGUUUGGUGUUCACGCUAGCUAUAUAUAAAUAAUACUUUAUAUUGUAUCAUAGGACACAACAGGGAACGAAAAUGGACAUAUUCAGCUCAAGCUCGUGCCAGAUGGUUCCUUGCCCUUACCUUGGCCCGCAAUCCACAACUAGCGUCGAACCGUAAACUUGGUGGUUUUAAAGCAGGAAAAGCACCUCAACCUGAUCAAGGUGGUUGUGUCGAACAUGGCGACGUCAAAAUUGAAGUUGGUCGGUAUGGAUUAAUGCAAGAUAAGUGAAUGAUAUACAGUAGUGCAGUAAAAACCCACAUAAAAGAACCACCAGUUUUAUAUCAGGCUGAAGUUCUUUCAUAAUAGUAGCCUGCGCGCAUUCUCAUGACAUCGAUCAAAUGAUGUAAGAGGCUGCGCAACAAUGAAGCAAAGCUUGCCCCAAACUUUUCCAGGUUUUCCGGGAAAAAUAAUUUUUGCGAGAAAAUUAAUACGUUGAUUAUGCGGAAACGUUCAUAUGCAUGUCAAUGUCAACAUGGCGCUUCACAGUCCGGAAUGCGGGUUCGACCUCAGUGGGUUCGACGAAGGUUCGACCCUCGACCUACGUAGGUUUUUAGAAACAAUUAACAUGGCUUGCUUUUUGCUACAAGUGAAUUUUGGCGGGAUGUAUACAUGCGACGGAUCAUGUAGAAAUAUUUGUUUGUCAGUGCGGCAUAUCGGGACAACAAAAUACUCUAAUUUGUGACUCCGUUUCGCGUAAUUGCCAACGACAAUAGGAUCUGUUGCUUUUGAUAGUAAUGGACCUUUCCCCUUAUAACUAAAAUUUCGAUCUAGACAAAAAUUUCAUUACAGCUUGAAAGAGCAUCACAAAAUUAGUAAUAUUCCAAAGUUUUGUUGCAAAAUCGUGUAAAAUGCGGAUAAUACAGCCUUGCGAAGUUUGCCCGUUUUCAGUCAUUUUGUAUCACAAACGGGAAAUUGACAUCCGAUUCGGGUGUUGGGGCUGCAAUUUCCCGUUUGUAAUGCAAAAUGACUGAAAAUUGCAAACUUCGCAAGGCUCUAUUUUCCUCAUUUUACA